GGGUGGAGGAGAGAGAGAGAGAGAGACUCUGGUAUUCGCUUUUAGACAUCAGGAGCCGGGUGGACUGACUGAGUGUGAUGCCCCUGGAUCCCGCUCUGGCUUUCGCUGUUGCAUUUGUGCAUCCAGCCUGUUGUUAAGAGACGACCGCAAGUGUGUGAGUGUAUCGUGUACAACGCUCGAGUCGUUCACGUGAGUGUGUGUGUGAGAGAGAGAGUGAGUGUGUGGGCCCCCUGGCGAGGGGCUCAGCAGGUUGGGCUGGGGGGUGGUAAGGCCGGGUGGCUGUGAGCACCAUGAGCGUGCCACUGCUGAAGAUCGGAGCGGUGCUCAGCACCAUGGCCAUGGUCACCAACUGGAUGUCUCAGACGCUGCCCUCACUCGUGGGACUCAACGGCACCACUGUGUCCCGCGCUGGAACCUCGGAGAGGAUCGUCAGCGCCUUGUACCCGAGCCCAGAGGAAGGCUGGCAGAUCUACAGCUCAGCGCAGGAUGCAGAUGGGAAGUGUAUCUGCACGGUAGUGGCUCCGGCCCAGAACAUGUGCAAUCGAGACCCACGCAGCCGCCAACUCCGCCAGCUCAUGGAGAAGGUCCAGAACAUUACCCAGUCUAUGGAGGUGCUGGAUUUAAGGACAUACCGGGAUUUACAGUAUGUCCGAGACACAGAGAACCUAAUGAAAACGGUGGACGGCAAAUUGAAGACAGCUUCGGAGAACCCACGCAGCCUCAACCCCAAGAACUUUCAGGACCUAAAGGACAAGGUGACUCAACUGCUCCCCCUGUUGCCGGUGCUGGAGCAGUAUAAAACGGAUGCGCAGAUGAUCCUGAGGCUCAGAGACGAGGUGAGGAACCUGUCACUGGUACUCAUGGCCAUCCAGGAGGAAAUGGGAGCCUAUGACUACGAGGAGCUCCGGCAGAGAGUCCUGUUACUGGAGACACGCCUGCACUCCUGCAUGCAGAAACUGGGUUGUGGGAAGCUGACAGGCGUCAGUAACCCCAUCACCAUCCGCGCCUCAGGCUCUAGGUUUGGUUGCUGGAUGACGGACACCAUGAUUCCCAGCUCUGAUAAUCGGGUGUGGUCAAUGGAUGGCUACUUCAAAGGGAGGCGUGUGCUUGAAUACCGCACCCUGAGCGACUUCAUGAAGGGUCAGAACUUCGUUCAGCACCUCCUGCCACACCCCUGGGCCGGAACGGGUCAUGUGGUCUACAACGGUUCCCUCUACUACAACAAGUACCAGAGCAACAUCCUGAUCAAGUACCACUUUCGUUCACGCAGCAUCCUGGUGCAGCGGAGUCUGAGCGGUGCCGGCUAUAACAACACCUUCCCUUACUCAUGGGGCGGCUCGUCCGAUAUCGACCUGAUGGCUGACGAGAGCGGACUGUGGGUCGUGUACACAACCAUUGCUAAUGCAGGCAACAUCGUGAUCAGCCGCCUGCAGCCUGAGAGCCUGGAAAUCCUGCAGACAUGGGACACGGGCUUCCCCAAGCGCAGUGCUGGCGAGUCCUUCAUGAUCUGCGGUACGCUUUAUGUCACCAACUCGCAUCUCGCCGGGGCCAAGAUCUACUUCGCCUACUACACCAACACGUCCACCUAUGAGUACACGGACAUCCCAUUCCACAACCAGUACUCACACAUCUCCAUGAUGGACUACAACCCACGUGAGCGUGUUCUCUACACCUGGAACAACGGCCAUCAGGUGCUCUACAACGUCACACUGUUCCAGGUCAUCAAGACCUCUGGGGACUGACGCUGUCACUUAUACGUUCACACAAAACACACAUGUGCAUUACAUAUUUACCAUACAAGUGCGUGUAUAUACAGUACAUAUAAACCCACAAACUGACAAGAAGGACAUGACCAUGACUGGAGCUUAGGCUUUUCUUUUCUUUUUUUACAUUUCAGUCUUCAUAGAGUGCUAUUAGUCACAUAAUGUACUGAGAAAAGCCCACGGGCAGCAAGGUCAAUGCCGAUAUACGAACUGAGCUUCUUUUUCUUUUUUUUUUUCCUGUGACAAGUGAGCAUGAUACGUUUUUUGAUUUGUGGCCAAAAAAAGAAUAAACGUCUACCUUUAAUA